CGCUAUAGGCAAGCCAAGUAUUAAGUGAUUUUUGAUCGAAUUUUCCAGGUAUUAAUUUCAAAACACGAACAGUCGUCGGUAUAAAAAUCCAACGCAAAUUCGGCUUCUGCACAGUCCGGACAAAGCUCCUUGAACUUGAAGUUCGGUCCGUGAACACAACACUGCAGCGGUUAUUUUCCACAAUAGUCCGCGUCCGAAUAGCGGGGCUAGGGCUACAAUGGGGGACAAUGAGACUUUAAGUUCUUAUGAUGAUUGGAACCCACCACCAGACUUUAUACUAACUCCAUCUGCCGAUCCAGCGUCGCCACGGCCUGCCAUAAUUCUGUCGAUCGUAAACGUGAUAGGUUUCGUCGGCAACGUCUGCAUGAUGUGCGUCAUUCUGGCCAACAGGAAGAUGCGCACAGUGCCCAACGUGCUCAUACUGAAUCUCGCCUCGGCCGAUCUGCUCUACAUCUUGGUCCCGACGCCGUUCUACAUCGAGAAGCUGAUGUGGCCCUACUGGGAUCUCCCCAAGUCCGUCUGCAAGUUGAAGGUUUACCUGUCCUUCGUGGCGCAGUACGCCAGCGUCUACGCCUUGGCCGCCCUGAGCUGGGACCGCCACGCGGCGGUGACGUCCAGCGCCUGUGGCGCUCGCCGCCGCGAGACCAGUCGCCUUCGCACCUCAGCCGCAGUCGUAGCCAUCUGGCUCGCCUCCUUCGUCUUGGCUAUUCCCAAUUUGGUCUUCGCCCGUGUCGUCGACGUUCACGGCCUCUGGAGAUGUCGACUCUCGCCAGACGACAGUACCACGAAGAAGGCCAAUGAGAUUGCCAGGUUCGCAGUUGGGUACGUGAUACCGCUGAUGGUGGUGGCAUUCUACUACCUGAGGAUUGCCGUUCACAUCUGCCGCAGCACUCAAAGGUUCCCGGACGCAAGUGACACCUUGGCCAAACAGAUGCGUGACCGCAAGCGCCUGGCUGUCUUCGUGCUGAUCAUCACCUUGUUCUUCGCCCUCUGCUGGCUGCCGUACUUCUCCUACUUCAUGGCCCUACACUUCGGGAGAGCAUCCCUCACCUACCGCGACGCUGCCUUCAUCAUGCCGGUCGUCAACACCUGUAUGGAUCCCUGGCUCCUCUUCGCCAUCAGCUCCAACCACCGGGCGUGUUUCGUCGGGUGUCUGGGCCGCAUCUGCUGCUGCCGAAUGCGUUCGAGCGCGAAAAACGGGCGCGCUCGUCAAAGUUCAAGCACGCGCACGCUGGCUACCGUCAAUCUCAACGCUGGAGGGCGCAAACGUACUAGCACUUUGACCAGCACCAUUGCAUUGACGCGUACCAGCGCAGAAAUUGGUACCACGUCAAGUUCCCCUUCGAACCUGACCGCGUAA